GGGACAAAGACAUGUACGCAGCUGGCCAUGGUAAACAUGGGAUGAAUAUAUGAAAUAGUGAAUAUACGUAUUUAUAAUACGUAUAUUCACUAUACGUAUAUAUAUGAGAGUGAGAAAAAGUGAGAAAAGAUGAAGCAAAAAUGAGAAAAUUAAUGAGGGGGGAGAGGGAGAGAAACCAAGAGAGUGUGGUAUCACUCCCUUGUAUCUUACCUCUGACAGAUAACAGGGAGGGAAGGUUUGAAACAAGACUAAAGAAAAGAGAGGAAAGGAAGAAAGGAAGGGAGGAGUGGUGGAUAGAUGAGGAGUGGCUCACACAGCUGAUGUCCCAUGAUGGACAGCGGUGCAACUUAACAGUAUAUGUUUUGUACAAGACCAGUUCCAACUUGCACAUUAUGAGUCAUGCAUCCCAUCAAGAAGAAAGCUCCUUGUUUGCUACUGGAAAGGAAGCAAGAGAAACUAAAUUACAAGAGACAUUACUGAUUUCAAGAGUCAUAUUGAUGGGAGUCACCUUACCUCUUAAGUGGCCAGAAAGUGGUCCUGUGAUGCUGUCUGUUGUACUUAAAGAUGCAGUUGUGUGGCAUGGAAUGACUCCUGUAUCAAACGCGUAUGUUGGACUGGCAGUGGGCCCAUGCAGGCUCGUGCGCGGUGUCUAUUUUCCACCAACCGCAGGCGAGGGAGGUUGUGCCGUUUGCACUCAUUUGUGUAGCCUGGCUGCAGAUAAAUACAGUUUCAUAGAAGUACAGGAAAAAGGAAAAGCAAUGAUUGAUAAUGCAGUAUUGAACCAAGCUCUCAGCCCUUUGUCAGAUGUUACUCAGGAGGACAGUCUCACUCUCGUCUCAGGCACCAUAAUUAAAGUUGAGGAGGAAAAUGCUUUUAUCCACUUCAUUUGUGGCAACUGUAAGAGUGACAAGAUACAGGAGGCAGGGGAUGGCCAUAUAGAUUGUAUAUCAUGUGGUCAUAAAUCAGUCCUUCACAGCCAAGGUUACUUCUUGGAAGUGUGGCUUGAUUGUGGUCCUGACCUUCAGCAAACUUAUGUCAAAGUGAAGUUGUACCAGAAAACCAUAAAGAAGCUGCUGCUAGCAUGCUGUGGACCACAGGAAGAGGUAAGGAAGCAUUGCAGCUGCCAAACAACUCCAUCCUACUGAGAAAGAAUCAGAAGCCACAUUCUAAGGGGAACAACUACAACAAGGAACAAUGGCUUUAAGGAUUGUAAUAUCCUAUGAGUUUCCACCCUCACAAAAGUAGAAAACCACCCACGCUCCUAGAAUAUUACUUACUGCUGCUGAACAAUAUCAUAUACAGCUUCUCAAGACAGAUCACUGCCACCCAGGAAUGGGAAGGCCUGGAGAAGGAGUAGACGUUACUGCACGAGAGACAUUAUAAUCCUCUGGGUCCAGAGCUCUUAAACAAACUAUGAAGCUCAGCAGCAUUUAACAUUACAACAAAAUACUACAGAUACAUAAACAAGCAGCCCACAUACUAAAGGGAGAGCCAGCCAGCCACUCUGAUAUGCAAAAAACCCAGCCCAUAGCUUUUUUUUUUUUUUUCUCGGGAGGGACACUGGCCAAGGGCAACAAAGAUUAAAAAAAAAAAAAGCCCACUGAGGUGCCAGUCCCAGGAAAGGGUCCAAAGCAGUAGUCAAAAAUUGAAGGAUAAUUGUCUUGAAAUCUCCCUCUUGAAGGAAUUCAAGUCAUAGGAAGAUGGAAAUACAGAAGCAGGCAGGGAGUUCCAGAGUUUACCAGAGAAAGGGAUGAAUGAUUGAGAAUACUGGUUAACUCAUGCAUUAGAGAGGUAGACAGAAUAGGGAUGAGAGAAAGAAGAGAGUUUUGUACAACGAGGCUAUAGGAAGGGAGACAUGCAGUUAGCAAGAUCAGAAGAGCAGUUAGCAUGAAAAUAUUGGUAGAAGAUAGCUAGAGAUGCAACAUUGUGGCAAUGAGAGAGGCUGAAGACAGUCAGUUAGAGGAGAGGAAUUAAUGAGACAAAAAGCUUUUGAUUUCACCCUGUCUAGAAGAGCAGUAUGGGUGGAACACCCCCAACCAUGUGAAGCAUACUCCAUACUCCAUACAUGGACAGGUAAGUCCCUUGUACAGAGUUAGCAGCUGGGGGAGGGGGGGUGAGAAAAACUGGUGGAGAUGUCUCAGAAUGUGUAACUUCAUAGAAGCUGUUUUAGCUGAAGAUAAGAUGUGAAGUUUCCAGUUUAGAUUAUAAGUAAAAGACAGACCGAGGAUGUUCGGUGUAGAAGAGGGGGGCAGUGGAGUGUCAUUGAAGAAGAGGAGAUGGUUGUCUGGAAGGUUGUAUUGAGUUGAUAGAUGGAGGAAUUGAGUUUUUGAGGCAUUGAACAGUACCAAGUUUGCUCUGUCCCAAUCAGAAAUUUUAGAAAAAUCAGAAGUCAGGCAUUUUGUGGCUUCCCUGCAUGAAAUGUUUACUUCCUGAAGGGUUGGACGUCUGUGAAAAGACGUGGAAAAGUGCAGGGUGGUAUCAUCAGCAUAGGAGUGGAUAGGACAAGAAGUUUGGUUUAGGUCAUUGAUGAAUAAUAAGAAUUGAGUGGGUGACAGGACAGAACCCUGAGGAACUCCACUUAAUAGAUUUAGAAGAACAGUGAUUGUCUACCACAGCAGCAAUAAAACGGCCAGAAAGGAAACUUGAGAUGAAGUUACAGAGAGAGAAGGAUAGAAGCCAUAGGAGUGUAGUUUAGAAAUCAAAGCUUUGUGCCAGACUUUAUCAAAAGCUUUUUUUUCUUUUACUAGAUGCCAGAAGUCAUGAGAGGAAUUAGAUCUUGAAAGAUUUUGGCAUUUUCUAUUAAUGAAAGAGUUUUUGACUAGUUAGAGAGCAGACUUGUUAUGGUUCUGGGUAGAAAUAUAAAGUUCAUGAGAGUCUGGUGAUGGAAGGCUUAAGUAAGCUGAGGAGUCGGUGUGAAAGAUAUUUAUCCAAAUUAAGAAAGGCAUGACAACAAUAGGCAGACUCGUGGUGACUCCUAAGUUAACUAUAUCAGCAGGGGCUUACUGCUUUAACUACAAUAAUAAUGUCUACUUGAACAAAGGCCCUCUAAACUAUAUAUCACCCCUUAGUCUCCUUGCCUUGCUCUGCUUAAACCCGUAUGUCUUUCUCCUGGGCUGCACAAACACCGUCUGACACCCCAAAAACAAUAGGACGCAUCUCCCAGCCCAUGCCUCUCACAAGAGGAGAAAGUCAUAUGAUAAAGAAGAGGGGAAGGAUAGGAGAUGGGGCGGUAGUGGCGGGUGACAUACCACCACCUGCCUUGCUCACUCACUACAAGAAUGACACUAAUAUUAAUUUUGCUUGUGGCACUUCCCUUAAGGAGCUGGUUGCAAUUUAACUAUUGCAUGGUGUUUGUUACUUUCUGUUCUUACAAAUGGUAGUGCUUUUAAUAUGGUGCAUUAAAGAGAAGGGGGGAAAUAAAAAUAUAUAUACUAGUCUACCCA